GGAGAACUUAAUUAAGUCUAAAAUAGAUUCAAGCUUAAAAGACGGAAAGUCCGCAUUGAAAGUAUUUCCCUCCACUGAUGAGACGGUGAAACUAAUGUUGACUAACUUUGCAAAAAAAGCUGAGGACUUGGACGCGCUUAGAGGAAACUGUUCCGAACGAAUCAAUUUAAUAAACAAGUGGGAAAGCUUGCGAGUUCUGCAAAACACCAUUGAAAACAUACGAGAUUCGACCGACUUUGCGACUUCGCAAAGCAAAAUCAACAUUUGUCACCGCGAUUUGGACUUCUGGAAACUAACCGCUCCAGAAUUGGACCAAAGCUGUCAAAACGCCGGCAUCGACUUUUCCUUAAAUGGUCACAAAAUUACAUUCGAAGGAUUCGUCAGUAAUUUACUUGGCAAUCUAGCAACUGUUAAAAGCGAGAUCGAAUCUCAUCAGAAAAAAAGCGAGGAAACUUCCAAGUUGAACUCCAAAUUGGACAGUUUGAGAGAUGACGUCGCUUUGUGGAAGGAAAAAGUGGGAAAAGUGUUGAACAAAACAAAGACAGGAAGUGUGAAUGAUUUUCAGACACUGCUGAAGGAAUUAAAGACGAUCAAGGAAAACCCGAUAGUGUUGGACCAAUUGAAUUCUUUAAAACAACGAGCCAAUCAGAUCGAAGAAGACUCUAUUCCCUCUUCCACUCGUGCAAUGACAGUCUCGGCUCCUUUGAUUGCCGAGGAAGUGGAAAAAGUAGAGCGGGAAGUGGAACAGAAGCUUUCCGAGUGCAGUCGGGAAGCAGAGAAAGUUGAACAAUAUAUGGAAACUGUUGAAAAGUACAAAAAAGCGAAAAGUCAUAUGUCGCAUUUCUUGAGACGCGGAACAGACCACCUGUUUAGAACUACACAGCUCGAUGCGACCAAGGAAAAAUUGACAGAUGCGCUACAGAAAACAGAGGGAUUCAUUGACUCGUGGUCCAAUGAGCAGCAAGUGGUGAGUGAGAUGAAGAGUUUGAAGGAGAAGAUGGCCCAACUGGGACCCCCCUCGGAGUCCUCGGAUUACAAACUGUCGGAGGAUCAUGAGGGAUUGCUCAGCUCAUUCCAGUCGCUGGGCGAGAGCCUCAAGGUCAAAGCCGACAUACUGAAACAAAGCCUAGAGGUGGUCGAUAAACAAGCUGAGAUGGAAAAAAAUGUCCCAAACGAAGUUGUGGAAAUAGAAACACUGCUUGAAAUCACACCCGAAAAACUGAACGACCCGCUUGCGUUCCUUGACAACUUGGACGGCGCCAAAAAAGAAAUAGCCAAAUCCGAAUCUAUAAUUGCAGAGAUGAAGCAAAAACUGAGUGUUUUCCGCGACGACAUGAGUCAAACUGUCGACACACACAGACUUGCCGGGAAAAUAUCCGAGCGAGAGAACCGAAUCAAACAGUCACGUGACCAAAUUAAUAAAGCGAAGACAGUAAUGACACGAUGCAAAGCGGAAAAGGAGGCGAUUGCAGAGGAGAUAAACAAAGUUUCUGAUUGGUUGGAGCAUAAGAAGGAAAUUGACCAAUCAGAGAGCGAGGAAGCGGUGGAUGAGGUGGAUGCAAUUUCGGCGAAAGAUGUUGACAGUGUGGAACAGUCUCUCGACCUGCUUUCGGAUUUGAAAAACAAGUUUGACACUAAACAGUCUUCACUGGGCGAAAUCAAAGCAAAACUGGCCAAGGCUUCAACUUCUUACGGAGGUGUAGUUUUCGAAGACGUCAAUUCCGAGUACGAAAAAAUCUCCAAAGCCAUGGAAUCAUUCAGUGCCACUACAAUCGCAAAACGAAAAGAGAUUAUUGAAAAAGUAAAUGAAAAUCUAGAACGGGAUGUGCACUCAGUCGAAAAGCAGUUGGCAGAAAUUAUCAAGAAAGCAGAGCAGCUGAAGGCACCAGCAACGUCGCCGGUCCAGCUAAAGGACAAAAGCGGCACUCUCAAUAGCGACUAA